AUGUCGGAGAAGAAGAUUCGACAAAAGGAGCUCAAGCGACGCAAUGUAAUCGAUUCCAUUCGAAGAAUCGAAGAUUUCCUGGCAAACUACGAUGCAGAUCGAGACAUAAACGAAGUUGCGAUACGUAUGAGCAGACUGGAUUUAUUGAUGGAAAAUUUCGAGGAGAUACAAGGUGAAUAUGAAACACUCGAUGAGAACGAAGAAUUUGUUGCGGCAAAUUUCGAUAUCAGAGCAAUGGUGGAAGAACAGUUUUUUCGUGUGAAAAGUGGUCUGGUUUCUAAAAUCCCUCCCUCUAAUCCAAACCCUAUACAAUCACCAACAUCGGUGACUCACAACUCUGGUGUGAAACUCCCAACAAUAGUACUUCCGCAUUUCGAUGGUGAUCUGAAUGAGUGGCUUACUUUCCACGAUUCGUAUACCUCUCUCAUUCAUACAUCAAGAGAGAUUCCUAACAUUCAGAAGUUCCAGUAUUUACGAUCUGCUCUGAAGGGUGAAGCUUUGAAAAUCAUAGAAUCUUUGACCAUAACAUCCGACAAUUAUCCAGUAGCAUGGGAAGCGCUGUUGAAUAGAUAUGCAAACAAAUAUAUACUCAAGAAGAAACAUUUGCAAGCAUUGAUAACUCCACCUAAACUUGCCGUCAAGUCCGUACUGAUGAUAAGAGAUGUAGUGGAUGAAUUCCAACGCCACGUAAAAAUACUAAACCAAUUGGGUGAGCCUACUGAUCAAUGGAGCAGCUUGUUGGUACAACUACUCAGCAGCCGAAUUGAUGAAUUAACCUUGAAGGAAUGGGAGGAUUAUGUAUCUGGAGAAGAAGAACCAUCCUACGACAAUUUUAUUAAAUAUUUAUCAAGAAAAAUACGCACACUCGAAUUGUUAUCAAUAACCUCUCAAGGCGUGCAACCAUCAUCGCAAGUCAAACAAGUUAACCAAUUGAAGCGGAACUCAACAUCUACCAAUUCACGAGUGAACAGUUAUGUAUCGACCGAUUAUAAUUUACCAGAGUGCUUUGCUUGUAAUCAGCGUCAUUUUUUAGUCAAAUGUCCCACUUUCGAGAAGAUGCAAUUGAAGGAUCGUCUCAACCUGGUGAACACGAAGAAAAUUUGCAGCAAUUGUUUUAGGAAUGAUCAUUUUGCUAGAAAAUGUCAAUCAAAAUUCAGUUGCAGAAUUUGUCAGAAACGACAUCAUAGUAUGCUACAUCCUGGUUUCGAAUCGCAAGCGAUAUCCCGAAUUACACCUUUCACAAAUUCCAACGUGACCAGUUUCAACAAUGAUUUCAACGUUUUGACAGCGAAUUCCAUCCAAUCAACCAAUCCCAAAGUGACACAUUCUGGUGCUAAUGUACUGCUCUCAACAGUCGUACUAAUUAUCCAAGACGGUUACGGUAAACAAUAUUUCGCUCGGGCACUGUUGGACUCGGGUUCGCAAUGCAACUUAAUGAGCGAUCAACUUUGUCGGAGACUGCGACUAGUUAGGAAUCGGACAAAUCAACCUGUUUUCGGUAUCGGAGCGUCCCCAACAGAAACCUUCGGAAGCGUAUACACCAACAUAAGUUCAAGAUACAGCAAUUUCUCUAUUCCCUUGGAGUUUUUAGUACUCAGGCAAAUCACCACAAAUUUACCUACCCAUACUAUACCAACAACAGAGUGGAGGAUCCCCGAGAAUAUCUUCCUGGCAGAUCCCGAAUUUAAUAUAUCCAAAGGAAUUGAGCUUAUUCUCGGAGCUGAAUAUUUCUUCUCGUUCCUAAAGGGUGGCCGGAUACAAAUCGGCAAUCCAUCGCCCGUUUUAAUUGAAAGCGUGUUCGGGUGGUUUGCUACUGGAACGGUUAUGGUUAACCCUAUUAUCACAUGCCAAAUGCAUUGUUUUUCAACGAUUGAAUCUAUUGACCGUAAUUUGGAGAAAUUCUGGCAAAUUGAAGACAUAGAUGCAACUAUCCCAUCCGCCAAUGAUGAAAUUUGUGAACAAUUUUUCCGCGAAACAACAACAAGAGAUGUCACUGGUAGAUAUAUGGUCAAAUAUCCAAAGAAACGUGAUAUGUCGAAAUUAAUUGGCGAAUCAUACUCCCACGCCUUGCGAAGAAUGGAAAGUCUAGAACGAAGAUUGGAUAGAACUCCUGAACUCAAGAUAAAAUAUCACGAUUUUAUUACCGAAUUUAUCAACAUGGGUCACAUGCGAAAGGUAUCGGUAAGCGAAGAAAUUCCACCGGUGGUCUAUUAUCUCCCUCACCAUCCGGUAUUGAACGAAUCAAGUACCACCACGAAGGUACGCGCUGUGUUCGAUGCUUCGAUGAAGUCCAGCACAGGUUAUGCUUUAAACGACACACUAUUAGUCGGUCCAAUAAUCCAGGAAGAUUUAUUAAGUUUAGUUCUCAGAUUCCGCAAAUACAAGGUAGCGCUAACAGCAGAUAUAGAGAAGAUGUAUCGUCAAAUUCUAAUUUAUCCCGACGAUCGCCCUCUACAACGUUUGUUAUGGCGGUUUAGUAAAGAUGAUCCGAUCAGAGAAUAUGAAUUAACCACAGUGACGUAUGGUCUGGCGUCUUCAUCAUUCCUAGCGACACGAAUCCUACAUCAACUCUCCGAAGACGAAGGUGAAUCGUUUACUCUCGCUACGAUGGCUUUGAAAAGGGAUUUUUACAUGGAUGAUUUCAUUCGAGGUGAAGACAAUAUUGAGAAUGCUAAAAAACUAUGCGAACAAAUGGAUGAGCUACUGAAGCGCGGAGGUUUCCGAUUACGAAAAUGGUGUUCGAAUUAUCAAGAAGCUUUGGACGGAAUCCCGGAGGAAAAUCUAGCCACACAACCUUGUCAAAUUCGACCAUUUACGACUACGGGAAUUGAUUAUUGUGGACCGAUCUUCGUCAAGUCUCCCAAUAGACGCGCUGCACCUACAAAGGCGUAUGUGGCAUUGUUCGUAUGUUUCUGUACUAAAGCAGUACAUAUAGAGCUAGUAGGAGAUUUAUCCACGUCAUCAUUUUUGUGUGCACUACGCCGUUUCGUGGCUCGAAGAGGAAACCCGGAGCAUAUCUAUUCCGAUAAUGGCACGAAUUUUAUCGGUGCGAAAAACGAACUCAAUGCACUAUACCAUAUGCUCAACGAUCACAACGCAACUGAACGUAUCACAACCAGUCUCGCAACGAAGGGAAUUCAAUGGCACACUAUACCACCACGUGCACCCAAUUUUGGCGGAUUAUGGGAGUUCGCAGUGAAGGUGGCGAAGCGGCACCUUGUUCGUCAACUUGGCAGCGCAGUACUACCGAGGGAAGACCUGGAGACAAUUCUGGUGCAGAUAGAAGGCUGCAUGAAUUCGCGUCCAUUAGUCCCACUCUCGGAGGAUCCCAACGAUUUGGAAGCUCUCACACCUGGACAUUUUCUUGUGGGAUCUUCACUACAAGCUGUACCCGAUAUGGAUGCUGAAGAUGUACCAAUCAAUCGAUUGGACAGAUUUCAACUUAUGCAGAAAAAGGUCCAACAAUUCUGGCAGCAGUGGAAGAACGAGUAUCUCAAAGAGCUCCAACGGCAGACUGCAGUGAAUCCAUCGAAGACCGAUUUUCAAGUUGGUCAAAUAGUCAUUUUACAGGACCAGUCUCUACCACCGACUCGCUGGCCUCUAGCACGGAUUGUAGAGGUUCAUCCUGGACCGGACAACAUCGUACGUGUUGUGACAUUACGAACGUCGACUGGAAUUUUGAAGCGACCAGUGACGAAAUUAUGUUUAUUACCCUCAACCCAAACUGAUACCAAUAGUAAUUAA